AUGGUGGCAGGAGGUGUGGGCGAAGAAGGGCAGCAGGACGGUGGGGAGGGAGGCAGGGAUGACAUGAUUGAUUUUAUUGUUGGAACCGUGCCGCAGUGGGUGCCGUGUCGGUGGUUGGGGCCACGGCCGCUUCUUCAGGCGCGCCCUUGCGUGUGUAGUUUAGCCCGUCGAUGCAAGAGCCGCCAGGCCUCUCCAUAUGCAGCAAUCAAUAAGGCCCCUCACGUGGGGCGCCGUGGUGCUGGGCGGGUGGCGGGCUGCCCCCAAUCUGUGCAUUCAAGCGUGGGAGUUAGGUUAGGGAGGACGACGUCUGUGCGUGUAUGUGUUGUCGAGUACAAUAGGCCGGGUGUGGUGUGUCCCGGCAAGGUGCCGUAG